AUGAUAUUUGUUACAAAAAACAUCUAAAGAGAAAAUUUAAAUUCUAGUUCAAAAAUUAUUAUUUUUAUUCAUUUUUCAAAAAAUUAUAAUAAAUUAUAUAAAAUUAUACAAAAAUCUUCAAUCAAAGAUUAAAAAUAUAAAAUCUAUUUCAAGUCAUCUCAUAAAGUCUUCAUCCUCACAGAUUUUUAUCUCAUUACUCAAACCUACUAACCCAAAAUAACUAACCUCCUUAUUACUUAACUACUUGGCUUAACAAACCUAUUUUCUUACUAUUAAAUCGAACUAGAAACUAAUCAUUAAAUAUAUCGCAUAAGAAUUCUAUUAACAAUAAACAGUGAGUCAGUAAGUCAAUCACAUAACAUACAUUCGAUUAAAAAAAAUAUCAGUUUAGUUCGUCCUCCCUCUAAAAUAUUAAAAGAAGAAGAAAAUAUUAUUAUUUUCUUUUUUUAUUUUAUUAUAUAAACUCUUCUUCUGCUUCAACUUACUUAGAAUUUACUUAUGUUUAAGAUCUCAACUAAAUCAAUUUAUUUUUAAUUUUAUAUUAAUAUAUUUAUAUUCACUAUCAUUUAUUUUAAAAUUUAUUUCAAGUUUUAUAAUUUUAUAUCGGUUAAACUACUUUAAACUAUGUUUUAAUACAUCAUAUCAUCAUUACUUAAAGGUCUAAUUUUAAUAUUUAACUCAUUUAUAUUGUCUUUAAUAAUUACAUUUAUUUUUUAAAAUUCCUUAUUUCAAAUAAACAAACAAAUAAAGAAGCAAGCUCCUUAAUCAAGUAUUUUAAUUUGA